UUUGUCACUCCUGCUACUCCCUUAUGGCCGGUUUCUUUCUUUGAGUCGCCUGAUCACCCGUCUCCUCUUCAUGUCAAUGCGCCUCUUGCGCCCCGGCCGUUUGGCCGUUCUUGUGGUGCUGAUCAUCCUCGUGGUCAUGUUGACCCUGUCCAUGUAUCAACGGCGCACCGAGGCCGGUCCCCCGCCUGGUAUUCCUCUCUCCGGACAGCAAUAGAGAUAUGUUCCCCGCUAAGAGACAGCCCCCGAACCCGGACGCAACGACAUUGUGCGCCAGCUGGUGGAAAUGAGCAACGCCUUCAACAGCGCCACCGAAAUCGCCCUCGUGAUGGCCGCCACGCGCGCCGAGGAUCUGCGCUGGUUAUUAGAUUACUGUCGCGAUCGCAAUGCCGUCCCCCUCGUCUACAGCACCGAUUCCAACCCCGACCCCGGCUUCCAGAUCCCGCGCACCACCCGCGGCCGCGAAACCGCCGCCUACCUCUCCUACGUCGUCGACUUCUACGACCGCCUCCCCGCCUACAGCUUCUUCGUCCACUCCAACCCCGACCAGUGGCACAACGACCUCUUCGGGCCGAUGACCAAGGACACUCUCCCACACGUGCGCUUAGAGGCGAUCGACGCGCAGGGGUACGUGAAUCUGCGGUGCACCCACGACCCGGGGUGCCCGACCAGCGUGAACCCGUGGGAUCCGACGCAGAUCGACAUUGAGAAGGAUGACAUCCGCGCAUUUUUCCCGCAGGUCUACGAGUCGCUGUUCGACGUGGGGCCCGAUCAAGUUCCCGAGCAUAUCGGCAACGUAUGUUGUGGCCAGUUCGCCGUCAGCCGCGAGCGCAUCCGGCAGCGACCUCGCGCGGACUACGAGCGCAUGCUGCGGUGGGCGGCGGAAACAGAACUGACGGAUAGUUUUGGGGUGGGGUGGGUGUUUGAAAAGAUCUGGCAUAUUGUUUUUGGGACGGAGGUGAUCUAUUGCCCCCGGUUUGAACAGUGCCGGUGCGAUGUCUACGGGUGGUGCGGUCCCCUGACGUCGGGCGAGACACUGCAGGCAGUGCGAGCGAAACCUGUAUAGACGUGAUGCGAUGUGAU